AUGAACAGAGACAAUUUCGACUUGUCGGUGUACCUAGUGACGGAUUCCACAAUGAUUCCUGAAGGUUCGACAUUUAUGGACCAGGUGAAAAAAGCAAUUGAUAAUGGUGCAACGUGCGUGCAAUUGCGGGAGAAAAAGAUUGAAACCAAGGACUUUAUCGAGAGGGCAAGGGCAGUGAAGAAGUUAACGGAUGCUGCGAAGAUUCCUUUGAUCAUCAAUGAUCGAUUAGAUGUAGCAUUGGCAGUUGGUGCCAGUCUCCACAUAGGGCAAGACGAUAUGGACGCAAAGGAGGCAAGAAAGCUACUGGGAGAGGACAAAAUCAUCGGUGUGUCAGUUUCGACACCCGAGGAGACCAAGAAGGCGAUUGCAGACGGUGCCGACUACGUUGGAAUUGGACUAUGCUUCAGCACACAAACCAAAGUGACACACAAGAUUCCAUGUGGUCCAAGAGGUGCCCAGCGGAUACUCCGGGCGAUAUGCGAGUGCGAGUCUGAUCUGAAGACAUGCUUGAUUGGUGGAAUCAACCAGUCCAACGUGUCGAGGGUCCGGUACCAGUCCGGAAUCCCAGAUCGCAAAUUAGACGGUGUAGCAGUUGUUUCGUGCAUUAUGGCCCAGGAGGACGCAGCGAAAGCCACAAUAGAGUUGGCCGGUGGCUGGAACGACACCCCAGCGUGGUGCCAGUCGAUCCGGCGGCUUGAUUUGGACCAGAAGGCACUUGUUGCUCGAGUCAGAGAGAAACACCCGAUCAUCCACCACAUAACAAACAACGUGGUGAAAAACUUCAGUGCCAACGUCACUCUUGCUGUCGGGGGCUCUCCAAUUAUGAGCGAGAGCAGCCCUGAGUUCGACGAGCUUGCGUCGUUCGACGGUGGCCUUGUUCUAAAUGCAGGCGAGGCAACACCCGAAAACUUCAGCAUGUUUAUCGAUGCGGCCCGGGCCUACAACAAGAACAACAAGCCGAUCGUCUACGACCCGGUCGGAUGCCCGGCAUCUGCUUACAGGGCAAACUUCACGCGGUCGAUGCUUGUUGAGGGCUACUUUACCGUGAUCAAGGGGAACCAGGAUGAGAUCAUGACUGCUGCUGGAAUGAGCCUCGGUGUCUCCGGUGGUUGCGACAGUGUCAGCAAUGCGGAAACCAAAACUGUCCUUGGUAUCGCCCAGAAGUUUGCACUUUCGACCCGGUCGGUUGUGGUCGUGACGGGGAAAACAGACAUCAUCGCAGACGGGAUUUUCGACGGCCAGACGGAUCUAGUUGACUGCGAUGUGUCGAAGCAGAGAGUCGCUCUGAUUGACGGUGGAAGUCCAAUGAUGGGAUCCAUAACGGGAACAGGUUGUUCUCUCGGCUCUGUUAUCUGUUCGUUUGUGGCAGCCAAUCGUGAAGAUCCUUUCAAGGCUACUGUGGCAGCCUGUCGGUUUUACAAGGAUGCUGGAUCUGUUGCUGCCGAGCUUGCUCAGCAUAAGGGGCCGGGCACUUUCCAGUAUUUGUUCCUGGAUGCUUUGUACCAGUCGUCGAUUGGCUCUGACUUGGUGUCUGAGUUUUAG